AACGAGAUACAGGAGAUAAAAAGGACAGGAAGCCUAUUAUCUGUGACACUUUUAAGAACAGUAAUAACAAAGAUUGGCAUGGCUGUAGUUUGUUUUGUAUUGGUUUUAAUCUGCACAUACGUGUGCCAGAAUUCAGCUUUAAGAUUGGAAUCGAAAGAGCGUCGUCAUUUGGAAAGUCCACUCUUCCAUGAUUGUCCAAAAGGAUUUUCUAGGUUUGGUAACUCAUGCUUUCACGCUGCGCAUGAUCUCGCCAACUGGCCUGAAGCUGUUGUAUACUGCCAAGUAUAUGGUUCCCAUUUAGCAUUUAUAGAAUCUGAAGCCGAGAGCCAGUUUGUGACAGCUUAUCUCAAGAAUUUUAGCGCUUCCGCCACAGACAAAGACCAUUACUACUGGAUCGGCGGAACUGAUGCCGUCUCGGAGGGCAGUUGGUACUGGAUUAACGUUGUCAAACCAAUAACCUACACCAACUGGGGAGCUGGUGAACCUGAUAACAGCCCCGCCAUGUCAUCUCAUCACCAGGACUGCUUGGCUAUUUUCGAAUCCUCCGGUAAAUGGGAUGACGGAUGGUGUGAAACACGACAUAACUUCCUCUGUGAAAUAGAUCUGGAUGUGGAAGAAAUUGUUGGUUAAAAACUCUCUUUGUAUAUAUAAAAUAUAUCCAAGUCUCGAAGAAAACAAUGAAAUAACUUGUUUUUGAAAUAAAAUUGUAGAAUAAAUGUUAAAGUUGCAA